GCCCCUCAGUCCGUACUAUCCUGUGAGAACGUUUCAAUCAACAACAUUUAUGGACUCUUUUUCACAGUGCUGCUCUUUACUUCUUCAAUGGGAAGCAUAGCUGUCACUUAUAUCAGGAUUGCUGUGAUUUGCUGGACCAAGAAAAGCAAGGAGCUGAACAACAAAGCAUUGCAGACCUGUGCAAGCCACCUGGUGGUGUAUCUCAUUAUGCUGUGGAGUGGGUUUCUAACCAUCAUACUGCAUCGCUUUCCAGACUAUCCAUAUUUGAGAAAACUGGCUUCUGUUCUAUUUCAUGUUGUCCCUGCUCAUUUAAAUCCAAUUAUCUACGGCUUGCAAACAAAGUCAUUGAGGCAGAAAAUUAUGCAAAUACUCUGUCGGAAAGUUACACACUCAUAA